AUGCCGGGUGCAUUGUCCUUCUCCAAACAGUCUGCCUCCGAGAAUCCUCUGCUGGAAAAUCCCGUCGCCUUAUUUAAUAGCAAGAAGAACAAUUACGUUGAAGAGGAGAACGUACAUCCCCCGAAGCCAUCGCGGUCUCUCGCGGGAAAGGUUGCCAUUGUGACGGGAGCAGGGUGCGAGGGCGAUGGCCUGGGUAACGGCAGAGCCAUCUCGAUGCUGCUGGCGGAGGAUGGGGCAGCUGUCGUCUGCGCUGACCUGAAUCUGGCCUGGGCUGAGCACGUUACGAAGCCCACCGAUUGCCAAAAGAUCGUGGACGCGGCCAUGUCCAGGUUUGGAAGAAUCGACAUCCUCGUUAACAACGUGGGCGUCUUGGGCGCCAAAGGGGACGCGACGGCAUUUGGCUUGGAUCAAUGGCGCCGUGGCCUCGACAUAAACGUCACCAGCAUGGCGAAUAUGGUAAAAGUCGGCGUGCCGGAGAUGCGUAAGAAUGAUGAGUCGUUUGGCCAUAUCCGAGGCGCCGUUCUUAACAUGACACGCGCCAUCGCGGCACACCAUGCAUCGGAUGGUAUUCGGGUGAACUGCGUGUGUCCAGGCAUGCUGUACACGCCAAUGAUGUACACCAAGGGAACGAGCCCCGAGACUCGAAACGCAGGCAAAAAUCGAAGUCUGUUGCGAACGGAGGGGAAUGCGUGGGAUUGUGCGACAGCCGUUAGAUUUCUAGUGAGUGAACAAUCCCGAUGGAUCACCGGGGGUAUCCUCACGGUAGAUGCCGGCGCUACUGCCGUGUCGGCUCUCGAUCUUAAGAGGGAAUGGCUUACGGAAAUAGUUCCUAAUCUAUCAAGUAGCCUCCGUGCGUCUUCUUCCCUCCUCGCCUCCCUCCUCCUCUUCGCGCUCUAUAUCCUCUGGGCGCGCCACCUCCGCACCACCACCGCCGCCAGCCACCCCAUCAUGCCCCUCUCCAUCUUCCGCCCCCCCCCUUCACCCCGCGGAUGA